AAAAGCGAGCCACGCAUGGAGAUUACGAAUAUAAAUAAACCGACCGCGCGAAUUGGCGGUUUUCCGCAGAGUCUCGUCGGGAGCGCCGCGCGCCCCGUUACGAUCGUCGAAUAUCCAGGGCCGAAUCACGAGUUCGUUACGGACGCAGGCCGGCAGUGGAGAUCCGCGCGCGCGGGGGCCCAGUGAGAAAUGGCCGCUGUUUUGAGAAGAGAAUUCCGUCUCGUGGCGAACGCGCUCGGCGGCAACGGGGGUUUACCGUUGCACGUAGCCGCACGGUCAUUGACAAGAUCGUCGGUCCGAUGCGACAUCAGCGAGGGAUGGCUGAAAAAGCUUCUGGUAAGGAAGAUCGAGCCCACGAAGGAGUCGCACUCGCGGAUGCUCUCCGACAAGGACAUCAUUUAUGCGCUGCACACACAAAACAUACGGCCAGACUCGAUUGACAAAUAUUUGGCCAACUAUGAGGAAAAUGUCAAUCUUAUACAUUCGAAAUCUGAAUUGAAUUGCGAAUUAAUGGCUUCAUGGACAGUAGAAGUGGGAGACUUGGAUCAAGCUUUACAUUUGUGGCAAUAUAAAGGUGGAUAUGAACAUGUAGAUUAUACACAGAAAGUGCUUUCUGAAGAUGAGGAUUAUCAACGAUUGCUCAAAGAACGAGGGAAUUAUUUGAGAUCACGUCAUUUACAAUAUCUAUUGGCGUUUAGUUAUUGGCCACCACUGGAGAAACGAAACGGCUCGAACAAAUAUGAGAUACGUAGUUAUACCUUAAAACCAGGCACAAUGAUAGAAUGGGGAAAUAAUUGGGCGAAGGCUAUUAAUUACAGACGUAACAACAAUGAACCGUUUGCUGGCUACUUCUCACAAAUUGGCAGAUUAUACAAUGUUCAUCAUAUUUGGUGUUACAAGAAUCUUAAGUCACGUCAGGAAACGCGCGAGAGCGCCUGGAGACAACCUGGAUGGGACGAGUAUGUGGCUUACACUGUACCCUUGAUAAGAAAAAUGCAAUCGCGAAUAUUAAGCCCAACUUCGUUCUCGCCUACGAAAUAAGAUUCUACGGGUGCGAACACAAAUGCAUUUGUAUAUUAUACACUGGUUAUUUCUUAUAAAUAUAUACGUACGGACUGUAAUAUUGUAAAAACAUUUGUUACAUGUAUACACUGUGUAGAUUUAAGUAUAUAAAGCAGAGCCGUGCAAAUCAAGAGUGCAAAGAAUAUAUCAACGCCCUCGCUAUUGAGGAAAUUUUCCGAAAUUUCCGUCAAAAAUGUUACUAUUUUCUAUUUGUACUAGUUAUAAAUUGUAUUAUUUUAUAAUUAUAUGUAAUGAAUAAUAUAUAAUAAAUGUAAUAUAAUGUUAUAAAUUUAUAUUACAUCUUUUUAAUCCUCUUGAAGCUUCUUGAAUAUUAAAUUCGUAAAUAGAUAAAGAGCUUCCUUGUUAUGGUACCAAGGCUCUUUGCACGGCCCUGAUAUAAACUAUGCGCAUAAGAGCUAUAAAUUUUUGUUGUAUUACAACUGGCAGGAUAUAGUUUGUUACUGUGUGGUAUUAUACAUUGUAGCAGAAGUGUUUGUUUAUAUAUGUAUAUAUGUACACAUAUAUACAUAUACAUUUAAACAACACAUCACGUUUUUGUCAAAAUGUCAGUUGAAGCACAACGUAUAUACGUACUUGUAUAGAGAGAGAAAGAUAUAAAAGAAUGAUCUUUAUACU